CAGCUAUUUUGAUAUCAUUCAAUGUUCGGUCAAAGUGCGUCUCAUAUUUUAAAGCACGGAACCUUAGUAAUUACGAACUCAAGAUUUGAUGCCAAGAGCAACCUGGAUUCUUCUUCACACAACAUCAAUAUUUUAAAACGCAAUCUUAGGUGACAACCAUGCAAAGACUUGGGCGAAGUUUAAAUCUGAGAUGUGGUGCUGGUUUAAAGCAAAGGGCUUUAGGCCGCGCAAGUCGGUACAUUACACAACCGAACAAGAAAGCACUUAAUCCAAAUAGACAAAUUGCUAUUGUACAAGAAAGAACAUUCACUUCAAGCUGUGUUUUAAGUGUGAAGUUUACAGCUGCAUUGAGACAAGAAAACGAAAACCCCCCUUCAGGAACAAAUGGUGGUAAGGGACCUGGCAAGGGAAAAGAUGGCCAGCUCUGUUGUCCAAAAUGUGGUAAACCCUGUACUCAUGUGGAAACAUUUGUUUCCUCAACACGCUUCGUUAAAUGUGAGAAAUGCCAUCACUUCUUUGUUGUCUUAUCUGAACUUGAUUCUCGUCGCUCUAUGCGAAAUGACAGUAGAAGGGAAGAAGAAACCAAAGGCCAUGCAACAAGUAAAACACCACCGCCUCCAAAAAAGAUAUACGAAUACCUAUCAAAUUAUGUAGUGGGUCAAGAAUAUGCAAAAAAGGUUCUAUCUGUUGCUGUUUAUAACCACUAUAAAAGACUAAGUGUCAACAUCCAAUCAAAAGCAAAUCCACAGAGUGAAAGUAAGCAAGGGUUUGGCUCCAGUUUUUCAGGAUCCCCAAAAGAAUUUCUACAAAUUUCAUCUGGCCUUGGACAAAAUAACGCACUGGGUGCAGGGCCUCAAUCAAAAGAUUACAUUAAAGAUGGCGGAAACAAUCUUCAAAGGGGUAGUGAGGUUCUAGAUUCCAGUGAAGAUCAAAUUCGAAUUGACAAAAGUAACAUACUACUUCUAGGGCCAACUGGUUCAGGUAAAACAUUACUCGCACAGACAAUCGCAAAAUGUUUGGAUGUUCCAUUUGCAAUAUGUGACUGCACAUCGUUGACGCAGGCUGGUUAUGUUGGCGAGGAUAUUGAAUCAGUGAUUACAAAGCUUCUUCAAGAAGCUAAUUACAACGUGGAGAAAGCACAGCAAGGCAUCGUGUUUCUUGACGAGGUUGAUAAGAUCAGUUGUGUUGCUGGAUUCCACCAGGUUCGUGACGUUGGUGGUGAGGGAGUACAACAGGGUUUGCUCAAAAUUUUGGAAGGCACCGUGGUCAAUGUCCCAGAAAGAACAUCGAGAAAAAUGCGUGGUGAAAGUGUGCCAGUUGAUACCACAAACAUCCUGUUUGUUGCCUCUGGUGCAUUCAACGGCUUGGAGAAGAUAAUUGCCAGGAGAAAGUCGGAUAAAGUACUUGGAUUUGGAGGAUCAGGUACUCAAAAAGACGAUUCCAAAAAGCUUGAUCUUAAAGAAAUUGUUGAGAAGAACACGAAAGAAGAUGCGGCUGAAAAGGAUAACUUGCUAUCUCAAGUUCAAGCCCGAGAUAUGAUAGAAUUUGGCAUGAUCCCAGAAUUCAUUGGGCGUUUGCCAGUGCUUGUUGCGUUGCAUUCGCUAAGCGUCGAAUCACUUAUUCGAAUCUUGCAAGAGCCACGAAAUGCCUUAGUCCCACAGUACCAGCACUUGUUUGCCAUGGAUAAGGUAAAUCUUCAUUUCACGCCGGAUGCCUUGAAGAAGAUUGCAAGCAUUGCAAUGGAGCGAAAAACUGGUGCAAGGGGACUAAAAGCUAUAAUGGAGAAAAUCCUUCUUGAUCCGAUGUUUGAUGUGCCAGGUUCAAACAUCACCGAAGUAUUAAUAACAGAGGAUGUUGUGAUGGGCGAAGGCAGUGCGCAGUACAUUACAGCUGAUAUUGAAGAGGCUGAGGAAGAAUCGCCGGAAGAUGGAAAUGAGAACUUUUCGGUCGAGGAAAACGAAUCGAGGACUACCGCAUAAGCGCUUUAGGAGAAGCAAUGUAAUUUAAUAAAGGCUCUAUGUAAUUUAUCGGCAUAGAUUUGAAUUUGCUUUCUAAGCUAAAAAUAAUUUAAAAAAGAAGUAGCUUAAGACAAUUCAUGAAGCAUUGAUGAUUUGUCAUGGUCUGUUUUUAGGGGCAUAUUUAGUUGAGAAUGUAUACCAGGUUUUCCUUAAACGCUUUUCAUACACAGUGCUAUUUAUAACCGUCAAAACGACUUUGUUGUCAUUUGUGAUUGAAAAUGCUUACCCACCAAAAUGGCGUAGGUAGUUGGAUAGUACCCGUACUACAUCCAUCCAUUUUUUUUAAGAAAAAUAGAUUGAAGCAAAACGUAAAACGUUUUAUGAGAGGCCACAAAAUAUUGACAGGAAAACUCCCCACUCUUCAUCUUGUUCAAAAGGCAACUUUGUUGUGAGAUAUGAUAAUCAUGUUCUCUUAAAAAACACCAAAUCCCAAUGUUCUUUCCUUCCCUACUUCAGGAGGAUUUCGUGAAGUUGUGGUCAUUAAUAAGGGGGUUAGUAACAUUUCCUGCUAGUGGCGUUUUCUGUAUUUCACUUUGUGUCCAGAGGUACUCACUAAGUUUUACGCAGACAUUAAAUGCAGCUCAUUAUUGAAUUUUUCACGUUGAGAGAAAUUAGCUUUACUCUAAUCCCCUGCCCCCGUUUCCUCUCCCUUAUUGCUUGAAUCCAACUGAAGUUUAUAAUGAAUAAUUUGUACGGAUUUUUUACUGUGGAGAACGAUUUUUUCGCUAAAACCCUGUACGUAGAUGACAAAACCUGCAGUCAAGCUCCUUUUCCCACCUUAAGUCCUUCUUUAUACGCGUCACAUUUUCGAAAUGUGUAUUGGCUCUAAAGUAGGGACCGCGUAUGCAAUAUUGUUACAGCAUAAUGUCAAAUAGAUUUUGUAAAUAACCAGCUUCGUAGACAGGAGUGGUAUUGAAAAGGUUUUGUUAAAAAUGCUGUAUUAUGAAGCCAUUGUUGUUGUUAUGCAAAUGCGACUGCACUUUCUCUCCAAA